CAGACGGGGAAGAGUUUUUGCAAUGUUCAUUGCUCUGCUUCUUGGAGUUACAUUAUCCCCACUCAAUUAACCACCAGAAUCGUGACGUUUCAGCCUUUGUCUCUCUUUCUGUUUUGGGAAUAUCUGCUCCGCUUCGGUUCAGAGAGGUUUUGCUUGACCAUUUGUUUUGGGGGGGGGGGGUGGAGUGGGGGUCACACCAUGGCUUUCUUUCCCAGAACCCAGAUCUAGGACCAGAGGAGGAAGGAGCUACUGAAAAGAGGGGGAUUUUGUUGUUGGCUGCGGAGGACGGCGCCUCUCUCUUGGUCUCCCGGUGGUUGGGGUGGUCGACUGGGAGUGCUCGGGGUGACUGCUAUGGAUUUGAACAGCAGUGGCGGAGGAGGAGGCGAUCACACGCAGGGCUCCGAGGAGAGGUCCUGCCUGCUAGCCGAGACCUCCGCUUCGGAUCUGAACAGACUGGGAGCAGCGCCCUGCAGGCGGGCUACUUACUGUACUAAUGGCAUGAGGUACAAACUGCUGCAGGAAGGGGAUAUACAGGUGUGUGUGAUCAGGCAUCCCAGGACAUUUCUCAGCAAAAUCCUCACAUCCAAAUUCUUGCGGAGAUGGGAGCCCCACCAUCUGACCCUGGCUGAUAAUAGCCUGGCUUCCGCCACGCCUGCUGGUUACAUGGAGGAUGCCAUUUCAUACAGUGCUAUUGAGGAUGUUCAGCUGUUGUCGUGGGAGAAUGCACCAAAAUACUGUUUACAGCUCACCAUCCCUGGAGGCACUGUUCUACUUCAGGCAGCCAACAGUUAUCUGCGAGAUCAGUGGUUUCAUUCGUUGCAGUGGAAGAAAAAGAUCUACAAGUACAAAAAGGUACUGAGUAACCCAAGUCGCUGGGAGGUUGUGUUGAAGGAGAUUCGGACUCUGGUGGAUAUGGCACUUUUUUCACCUCUUCAGGAUGAUUCCAUUCACCAGGCACCACUGGAGAUAGUCUCUAAGCUUCUCUCAGAGAACCUCAAGCUAACAACCCAGGAGCAUGAAAAUAUCAUUGUGGCAAUAGCACCUUUGCUGGAAAACAACCAUCCUCCUCCUGAUCUCUGCGAGUUUUUCUGCAAGCAUUGCAGGGAACGGCCUCGAUCGAUGGUUGUCAUAGAAGUGUUCACACCUGUGGUUCAGAGAAUUCUCAAGCAUAAUAUGGAUUUUGGCAAGUGUCCCCGUUUGAGACUUUUCACUCAGGAGUAUAUUCUUGCUUUAAAUGAACUGAAUGCCGGAAUGGAAGUCGUGAAGAAAUUCAUUCACAGUAUGCAUGGUCCAACUGGCCAGUGUCCCCACCCAAGAGUCCUACCAAACCUUGUAGCUGUUUGCUUAGCUGCCAUUUAUUCUUGUUAUGAAGAAUUUAUAAACAGUCGUGACAACUCGCCCAGCCUGAAGGAAAUACGCAAUGGUUGUCAGCAACAGUGUGAUCGAAAGCCGAAUCUACCCCUCCGGCUGCUGCAUAGCAACCCUGACCUUGUGUCACAGGAGGUCACUACUGACGCCAGGAUGAAAUCUAUCAUUGUGAACUCAACCGAGAUCCACGUGGAAUUGGAACGGAGCAACAUGGUUAAUCAAAAACUGAAAGGAAGCACCAGCAGUAGUAGCAACAGCAGCAGUAGCAGUAGUAGCAGCAGCAGCAGUGACAGUGAACCCAGCCUGAUUGACUGCUUGCUGGUCAGCCCCACCUGUAGCACCAUGGUCAUUGAACUGAGCUCGCAGGCUGAACGGGUCCUCAGCUGCUACGUGGAAAUUCUCAAAAUGCUGUCAGAUUACGAUGACUGGAGACCUGCACUUGCUAGUCUCCUUCAACCUAUUCCCUUUCCCAAAGAGGCACUUGCACAUGUGAAGUUCACAAAGGAACUAAAGUAUGUCAUACAGAGAUUUGCAGAAGAUCCAAGGCAAGAAGUCCAUUCCUGCUUGUUGAGUGUUCGAGCUGGCAAAGAUGGUUGGUUCCAACUUUACAGUCCAGGAGGAGUCGCUUGUGAUGAUGAUGGGGAGCUUUUUGCCAGUAUGGUACGUGUUUGCAAUAAUGUGCACAUUUUAAUGGGUUCCUGCUAUAAGACAAAGAAGUUCCUGCUGUCACUGGCUGAAAACAAACUGGGACCUUGUAUGCUGCUGGCUUUGAGAGGAAAUCAAACAAUGGUAGAGAUCCUGUGUUUGAUGCUCGAGUACAACAUUAUAGAUAACAAUGACACACAACUUCAAAUUAUCUCCACGCUGGAGAGCACAGAUGUUGGAAAGAAAAUGUAUGAACAGCUCUGUGACCGACAAAGGGAGCUAAAGGAGCUGCAAAGGAAGGGUGGACCCACACGCCUAACACUGCCAUCCAAAUCCACAGAUGCAGACCUCGCCAGACUUCUCAGCUCAGGAUCUUUUGGAAAUCUGGAAAAUCUAAGUCUGGCCUUCACCAAUGUAACGAGUGCCUGUGCAGAACAACUAAUCAAACUGCCAUCUCUUAAACAGUUAAACCUGUGGUCUACCCAGUUUGGUGAUGCAGGGUUGCGGGUUCUUUCAGAACACCUCACGUCGCUGCAAGUUCUGAACCUUUGUGAGACACCAGUCACAGACGCAGGCCUCCUGGCACUUAGCUCCAUGAGAAGUCUGUGCAGCUUGAAUAUGAACAGCACCAAACUGUCAGCUGAUACAUAUGAAGAUCUGAAGGCAAAGCUGCCAAACCUCAAAGAAGUGGAUGUCCGUUACACGGAAGCCUGGUGAAUUCCUUGUUUGAUGGUCAGUGAUAAAUCAUUCUUUUGUAGAAGAAUCAGAAAAAGAAACUCUUUUCCAGCAUUUUUACCUUGGGCCAGGGAUUGCGGAGAUCGCCAGCUCGGGUUCUUUCACCAGAGGCCUGUACACUGCUGGGCUCAAUAUGGACCCUGCUUCAUUCUUAAUGCUUUUUGAUUUCUGAAGAUGAAAAAAAAAUGUGUAGCAACAAUCCAGCUACAAAAGGAAACUCCCUGCUCAUUAAUUGCCUUUGUGUUCAUGCUGUGUAUAAAAAGAUAUCUUUUUCUCUUGUUCACUUCAUCUACUUGAACGGACCAAUGUCAAACUGAUUUGGAAGUUCUCUGGCUGAAGAUAUCAAUUAUUCGAUGGAUACAUUACCUUUGCCAUCCCAAAUCCUUGCAGUGACAUGCAAAGUGAUUUUGUUUUUUGUACAUAAGUUUUACAUCACACGCAUAUUUAAAAAUUGUUCACAUAGCAGGUCUGGGACCUGAUUCUUAUUUAUGGAUUGUAAUUCUUUUACCUGUUUUUGCAUAUAGUACUGUAUAAACUAGUUAUUUUAGCUGUCUAGUAGCCUGGAAGCUCUCCUUUAAGUGAUUUUAUGUUGCCUUUAUGAACUUCUUUUGUCUAUCCUGUUGGAUCACUGCGACUUUUACAAGAUACAGAAAACAACAAAACAGCUGGGUUUUCUGCUUCACCUCUGACCAAGAAACUGAAACUUUGAAAGAAAUUAAGAGGCGAACUUUUAUUUACAAAGACCAAAUUGCCAAUCUUUUUCUCAAGUCGUGGUGAGGUUCCACCAAAGUUAACGGAGUCCAAACAUUUUAAAAGAAACAUCACUUUAUAUCUUUGUUUUUUUCUUAAAUGUUUUGCCUAAUUUAAAUUUGCUUUCCUCCCUCUUUACCGAAUUUGUGCAUAGUUCCAACAUGCAUGUGUGAUUUGCAUGGUCCUAGUAGCAAUCCUCUUGUCAAACCCUGUAGCUUGACUUACUUUGUGAUAGCAACCACUAUGAGUGUUCCAUAAGGUAAUGGAACACCUUGAUUAUUUUCUGUUCUGUUGCCUUUAUUUCAUAUGAGCCUUUGUUGUAUAGAGCAAAAUUAUCUUUGUCAUUUUUAGCAUGGUUGCUGCAUUGCAAAAUUUACAGCAUCUCAGAAAAAAAACAAAAAAAAAUUGUAACAUGUACUUUUCAUUUUGUUUUGUAUGCAACUUAUCCAGGAAUGGAGGCCAGGCUUCUUUGUUUUAUACCUUGUAGUUUUUUUUUUCACUUUCCCUUUUGUUUUGAACUGGUUAAGUCUUAAUCAGAUUAGUGUGCCAGAGUUCUGCAUCGAGUCUCAAACUGCAUGAUGAUGCAGACGUGGAAAAUAAAAUUGAAAAAAAAUACAGCCGUUGUUUAUCAUCAGCACUGUUGCUUUUAUCAGAUGGUUUACUACUGUUCUGUAGCUGUUGUACAAAGAGAUGUGAAAUAAUUUCAGGCAAAUAAACAGUAA